CUUUAUAAAAACUCAAAUUUAUAAGCGCCUUUCCAAUUUACAACACGGCGGGUCAUGUGACCUGGGACCCAUUACAUCAAAGGUGCUCAGUGUCUAUAUAUACUAAGUCCACUGAAGUCUGCCGGUCAAAAGUUAUACCAACUGCUUAUGAUGCAAAUAGACUAUUCAUGAUAAUCAUGAUACUAAUAUUGCCAACUAUGAUCUCGAAAUAUCGAAGAGUUUAGAGUCACGUGAUACGAUACUAUCGCAACUGUUCAUUCUUGUCGCAGUGAUGCCAUCUGAAAAUCUGAAAUACAAUAUGUCCACAUGUGGUUACACCACCUAACCUCAUAAAACUUGUCAAACCAAAAUAAAUUUAAUAAUUCGAAAACAAAUACGAAAUUUUUAUUUAUACAUAUAUUUCUCGGAUUUCUAGAUUUUUGUAUGUUAUUGAUACAACAAUUUUACACAAGAAAUUAAUGUUUUUCAUAGAUAAAUUAGAGAUUACUGAUAUACGAAAGGAAUACAGAAAUAAUGUCUGAACAGGAAGAACUUGUCAUCUGCGUGCCUGGCCAAAGGUUAUGUGUAGCCGAUAAGAGUAAUGUAGCUGGUGCAGGGACAUACGAGCAGCAAGGUUACAUCUAUUCGAAACUCGCUGGCAUUGUAAAAUUAGUGACAGACGACAAAACUCGUACAGUGGAAGUACACAGUAUAACGGAACAAAGCAUCGUUCCUGCACCAGGAGACAUUGUGACGGCCAUAGUCACUGUAGUGAAUCAAAGAUUUUGUAAAUGCAGUAUCAAGUGCGUAGGUGACAUAAUCUUGACGAGACCUUACAGAGGAAUAUUAAGAAAGGAGGAUGUUCGAGCAAUUGACAAAGACAAACUAGAGAUGUACAAGUGCUAUCGACCUGGAGAUAUUAUUCUCGCGAGAGUUAUGCCAAUGACAGAAAUACAUACUUAUCAAUUGAGCACCGCAGAAAAUGAGCUAGGAGUAGUUAUAGCUCACAGUGACGAAGAAAUUCGGCAGAUGAUGCAUGGAUUUGGUGAUAGCAGCGAACCAUUGUUCGAAUCUGCAAAGAUUAUAGAGGAUGUCGUGCUACAACAAAUGAAAAUAAUUGUCAGAAGGGCUUGUGAAAUAGCAGAUAGACGAGCUAGUUCGAAAAAAAGUAAUAUUAUUAAUGGAGAAGAUCUUCUCUUUUUAUUGCGUAAAGAUAAGAUCAGGCUUCAACGCAUUGUGAAAUAUCUUGAACUCAAAGAAUUAGGAUGCUCGGUUCAAAAACUUAUGACGGCGAACGAUGUGCCGCAAAAUGUCACAGAUCCUGAACAACUGGAUAGUGCCAAGAAAAAAGUGCCGUUUCAAAGUUUUUUAGAACAGAUUGACAACACAGGUGAACUUCUGGAAAAUUCAUCCUCGGUAGACGAUGUCAAACGACGUAGAUGCAUUCGUGCAGACAUCGCGUCGAAGUCCAUGGACGAGGUGCAUUACAUGAAAUUCAGCAAGGCGCGUCGUGUGUCCUUUGCGAACAAAAAUCGUCACAAAUUCAGCGAUUGGAUUUGCGCAGAUGGUGAUGUUACUGUAUCAAAGCAAGCAUACACAAUCUUAUCUUACCUUGCAUAUGAAACAGUUGCUCAAAUUGUUGAUCUCGCAUUCCUAGUCCGGCAAGAUCAGAGUAAAAUGCACGGCGAUGCCAUAGAUCGGCAACGACUCAAUUACAUUAAUCCAUUUACAUUUAAGCCGCGCUAUCACAGCAAGAAUUUCGUAAUGAAACCGUUAACUCCCUCGGAGAUAACUGAAGCCCUGAGAAGGUACUGGUCUCCACAGUUAGAUAUGACAGGUCCAUUUAAUAGAUGGUCUAUGAGAAGACCACACUUGAAACUCCUUUCAUGUUAAAUGUAAAGAUUUGAAAAAGGCUUUCUACUUAGAAUUGGACUGGAUCCACCGCCAAUAUUUCUUAUGAGAUUCCUCAGUGUCUUUGGAUUUUCCAG